AUGGGCGGGUCUCGCGUGGUGCUGCCCCUGCCCCUGCUCCUGUCCCUGUCCCUGCUCCUGCUGUCGCUGCCCGCCCUCAGCCCUGCGGGCGCUUGGCAGCGCUCCGGCGGCAGCAGGUCUGUGAGUCGAGUGUGUGUGGAAGAGUCACUGAUUUUCAGAAGUAAUACCCCUUAUUCUACAGACAUAAUUUCUGAUCAUGGUGGACGAGAUCCACUGUUCUGUGUGCAGUUGGAUGACACAGAGCUGAACUAUUUUCAACAGCCACAGGAUAUCAAAGAAUCUGAUUUUGUGGAGUCCUUGGAGAAGUAUGGCAGGCACUCUUUCUUAGCACCAUCACAAAUUCAGCCAUCGUUCUCUGCUUUUUAUCGUGCUGGUGAUCCAAUCCUCAUCUACUAUGAUUCGUCAUCUGUAUUGAGCAUGCUUAGACAGCCAAUAAAAAUGGGAGCCAGUGGACUUUGUGUUGAUGGAAAUCCUGCUGGCUUCCUGGACACUAAAACCACAAGUUGUACUCGGAUUUUUGCCAACUUGAGCAAGAGCUGCAUGACUGACCCUGUCCUAGAUGCUGCUUCCUACUACCAUGACUUCACUGUGCUAAAGGUCCCAAUUAAUGACACCGUUAUGCCAUCCAUGAAGGUAAAUGUCACUGCAGUCUCACCACCUGGAGCUCCCCACAUGAAAGACAAUACAUGCACCAAUGUUGUUUCUGAGGUGAUCUAUGAGAUAGAAUAUAGUGGCACAAGUGGGAUUCAGAGUGUUUCUGUCCAGUUCAAAGUCAGCAACAUCUCUGAGAGCUCCGGAUCCUCUCUGCAGCAGCGCUUCACCAUGCACUUCUGGACCAGGACUCUUUCUCAUAUGUUGCCUAGAAGUGGAAACCCUGGCUAUAAUACUGGAGCACCACUGGUGAUUGCAAACAGUGGUGCCAUGCAACAUAUGAGCAUAUUAAGGAGUGAAAGUGAUGGAAGUUGUUCACAAUUUCUCAGGCACACAGUACAGUUUGGAAGGAAUAUGAGAACAGGCUGCAAAAUCAGCCUAUCCCCAACACUGGAAGACAGUAACUGUAGCUACAUACAGCAGAAGUUAUACAAGGCUUUUCAGGGGAUGAACAGAACAGAAGCCUUUGCUAUAACUGGCAGUGCUCAUUCAACCCAGGCAGAAGAGUGGAUGACCAUUCUGAUUCAGAACUGCAGUGUGCAGGCUGUGAAUUGCACUUCCUGUUGUAUGGUUCCUGUGACCCUGGAGAUACAGAUAUUGUGGACUAAAGUGGGCCUCCUAUCCAACCCACAAGCUCAAGUACUGGGUACACGGCACUUUUACCAAUGUCAGCCCCUCAAGUUUCUAAACAUGAGCAUGGUGCCUGUGACAACUGUCGUUACCUUCACUGACAUGACAGAUUGGCCAGAACCUCCACAAGGCCAGCCUCAAAUGCACUGGAAACUCCCAUUUGACAUAUUUUUUCCGUUCAAGGUAGCUCUGAAUGUAGAAAGAACUUGCAGAGGUGAUCUGGCUGGGUAUUUAUUGUUGAUUCUAAUAAUGUCUAGUAUUUUCUGCUUUUGAAGUAGAUGGAGCCUGUAUUUAUAAGUGUGGUGAGUGAAUUGAUACAUUCAGAAUAUGACCCAGAUGAUGGACUUUUGUCAUCAGGUUUUUAUACCAUUUCUGUGAUAUCUGUGUCCCUUCUGGUCUUGGAUUAAGCCGUGUGGGCUGCUUGUCCUCUCAUGUUCCUGUUCUUUGUAUAUGAACCAUCUGUGAACAUCACUGCAGUGACAUACUUGAGAAAUUUAGAGAUCCAGGGACAUCCGAGGAAGAGAACAUUAAAACUUAUCAUUCUGUGUCCCCAGAAACCAAGAAUGCUCUCUAAACCAGAGAGUAUGGAGAGAAGCAAAGUUCAAUCAAAGCAUUUUGGAGCUGCUUUCCUGUAGGAGAGGCAUUUGAUUUUUCUAUAUGGAACUAAUUGAACAUUUAAAAUAUAGGAGCUCUCCCAGGGGGCCUGAAUUCUUAUUUUAUGAGUAAACGUGGGCCAGUCACCCCUAACCUGUCCUUUUUAGAUGACAACUGCGCCUCUGUGACAUUUUUUGAAUCUUGAUUUUCUGUGUCUUUUCAAAUACAGAUAUUCAUUUGAAAUUUUCAUGGUUUAAUCACUUUUUACAUUAGCAACACUGUUGCACAGAGCAGAGUAAUAGUAAAUGCUCUGAAAUACAGUUGAAUUUUAGUGGUUUGUCAAAACAUCUUCCUUCCUGAUCUUUUUUUUCCCCCUGGGAGAAAUGGGCCUGAAUGGAGUUUUUCCUAGAUAAGGAACAUUCUUUUAUUCCAGAUAGGAACUGAAAAGAACUACUGAAAUUCUAGUAGCACAUCAGAGAGACUUGUGAAUAGUUCUGAAGCUAAAACAUCGACUAUUUUAGGAAAAUUUGUAGUUGUAUUAUGAGACUAAAGCUUGCUGCAAUACCUUACCUCUGGCUCAAUCUCUGGGACCAAGAAAUAAAUUUAUUGGUUUUGAAGUUAAAGGUGGUCUGAUUAUCUAGACUGCCCUUUGCCAUCACACAGGAAAUCUGCUUAAUUGUUCCAGGAAGCUGUUGGAUGAAAGUAUAUUCUUUUAGCAAAAGAUUUUAUUAUUUAUCUUCUUCGGAUGAUGGAAAAAUCUGCUCCAUCUCAUGUCAAGUGCUCCAAUGGAAUCAAUAAGGGCCAAAAAUUUCAGAGCCUAGUUUUAAUAAAAUGUAUUUGUUGCUUUUGUACCUAUACUGCACAUAGCAGCUCUGUUGCUUCUCCUCAUUACAAACUUAAAAAGGAAUGCAAAAAAUAAACUGAAAAACUAGUAAUUAGUGAGGAUAUCAAAGGAGAUAACACAAGUAAAAGAAAACUACAACCCAUCUAAAGGCUUCUGAGUUAAUGUCACAUAUUUAUCUUUGUCAUUAUUUGCAUGGUUUCUUAGCUGGGAAUGAAUUCUGUGCAAGUGUCUGCAGCGUCCGUUGAUUCGUGUUCUGGGACAGCCCAGCCAAGCUGGUGUGAACAUUCGGAACUGUGUGCAUUCCAGUAUUACACAGGACUGUACCAUUACACAGUACAGCAACAGCCUUUGAUUUUUAGAUACAUGUGGCUUCUCAGAUGUGCCUGUAGUACCUUUGAAAAGCUUUUCUCGGAACACGUUUGUAGUGUAUCCCAUGUCCUCCCAUGUCCCUAAUUUGUGGAAUUCAGGAAAUUAAUUUAGAGGUGACAGUAACUGAAUUACAGAGGGUUAGCUGGAGAAACUUCCCAAAUGUAACAUGUCAAUGCUAAAUGUGUUGGGAUAGGGCUUGAAUAAAAAGGAUCUGGCAUCCUUGUUUUCUGCAUUAUUGAGGUAAUUCACUUAGGUAUAACUACAGAGAUACUGUUCACUCUAUAGGCUGCAAAUACAUGAAAUGCUGUAAGUAUGCAUCACUUUAUACACUGUAAUUAUCUGUCAUAAUUAUCUAACCUCCAGCAUGUCCUAUUUUUUAGC